CUGCCCCUGACCUCUUGCCAUGGACCCCAACCCUCUCAUCUACUGCACCUGCUGGGACCCCUGGAGCUCAGGGCCACGGAAGCUAAUCAAGACCCCUCAGCCACUAAGCAAGAGCUCCACAGGGAAGCCCAAGCUAACUCCUCUUCCUCCAGCUUCAAAAAAACAAAAUUAUGUCCAACCAACAACAAAACCUGUUGUCGCCCCAAAAGUGAAAACCCACUUCGGAAAACAAGAGGAGAGCAAUAAAUCACCUUGCGAAGUGAUAAACGUGUCCCCUGGCUACCGCCUCACUCGGAAUAGGGAGCAGAUUUCUGUCACCCUGGGAGAUGAGAUGUUUGAUAGGAAAAAGCAGUUGGAAUCAGAGAUCAUGGACAAAGUCAAAAUUUCCAGGACUGAUAUCAUUGUUGACCUAGAGGAGCAGAUCUCAGAGCUGACAGUGAUAAUAGAGCAAAUGAACAGAGACCACCAGUCUACCCAAAAGUUGCUCUCCCAUGAAAUGGAUCUCCGCUGUGCCAAGAUGCAGCAGAGCUUUGAGAACAAGACCAGGAAGCUCAAAGAGGCCCACGCAGCAGAGCUCACUGAGUUGGAGAACAACUACAAAGCAGCCUUGAGGGCGGAGAAGUUGGCUGCCCAGGAGAAACUAGAGGAGAUGCAAAAGGAGUAUAAGUAUUUGAAGAAUAUGUUUUAUAUGUAUCAGGACAGCAUUUAUGAUGAGUUGGAAGAUAAGUGGUCAAAGAAGAAGGCAGAAUGGGAGAAGGAUGAGAAGUUGGAGCGGGAAAAGAUCCUGCUAAAGCAAAAACAUAACAUAACAAAGAAGUUUGAGUUAGAGUCGGAAGAAGAAAAGAAGAAAAUCCAGGACUCCCACAGUGCCGUCUUUGAGAACUUCAACCGAGAGAAGGAGGAGCUCUUGAAACAACAUGAAAGGGACACCUUGCAAUUAGAGGAGCUGAGAAAGACCAAAGAGGUCAUAGAGGAAGAGUUGCACACACAAGCUCUUAUCCUAGAAUCACUUAACGCAACCCUCUACCAAACCCAGAUGGAACUCCAGAAAGAGAAAGCUGUGGUGGGAAAUCUAGAGAAAAAACUCCAGGCCAAGCUUGCUGAAGCUGAAGAGAAGUUUAAAUAUACCAUACAACUCCUGACCGAAGAAAACAUUCAUCUAAGGCAAAAGAUAAUUGCCAAGAAUGAAGAAAUUUAUCAACGAUAUGGGAGAUCACCUUCCCUUACUGUUUAUGAGGAAGAUUCUGACACUGUAGAAGAUGGUAGCAAAAAAAGACAAGAAUCAUGAGCAGAGAAGUUGUUCUCUGUCGCCAAGGAUGGUAGGAACCCCUUCUCUGUGGGCCUAGAGAACUGCUGUGAGGUUUCUUUGAGAAAUGCAUAUGGUGAGUUUAGUUCUUGGGUUGCUUUGAUUGUAUUUGUCUUUUCACAAUCUGCUUCCCUCUGAGUGGUCUGGAAUGUACGAAUGCUUAUCUCAAUUACAUAGAUUUUCAUGACUCUUCGUUGAAGAGUGAUGUUCUUAAUAGCUGGAGCUGAGCUUUCUCUGGGCUUUGUACUAUUUUCUCUUUCCCUUUUACA